CAGAGUUUCAAAUGGGAGAAAAGAAAGACGUGAAAAUGGAAAUGUAAAGGGAUAUUUAGAAAUGGAUAUUGCUCAUAUCAAUUGUGUCACAGAACUAAAGUGUUGGUGUUAAUGACAACUUCAAAGCGCCUUUCAGAGAGGAAAGUGGCUAAGUUUCAGAAGAACAUCACCAGGAGAGGAUCUGUCCAUGAAACUUCAACGAAGAAAGGAUAUGACUACCCAGUUGGACCAGUAUUACUUGGAUUCCUUGUCUUUGUUGUAAUUGGAUCGUUUCCUUUUCAGAUAAUUAGAGCAGCUACUAGUGGUGGGAAGGCCUAAGGUACUGGAGAUUAUGUUUAUGAUGGAGAUCUGCAGCUAUGUAAUGAGUUAGGGCAUAACUAUUUUUAAACGCAAAGUUAGAACAUUUGAGAAUGUUUAAAUGAAAAAUGAUGAAUAGAUUAUGUUCUCCACCAGUUCUGUACAGUUCUCCAUUUCUGGAGUUUUCAGUAGCUCACGCGUAAUAGUGUACUGUCUUUCUAGUGUUUCUAUAUAA